AUGUCUAUUCUGACCUACUUAUAUAACAAGUGCCUCGCGACACUUUUGCGGGCUAUUGUACGGCUUGGAGGAGGCCGUAUCCGCGCUUUCCCCGACGAAGUGCGCCAUAUCGCCUCUCGCGACCCCGGGAGAACUAUCAAGAUUCAUGUGUACCGCGCGGCCCGUACCUCAGCUCCAUCGCCAGUGCUCAUUAACUUCCACGGUAGUGGGUUCCUACUACGCCUGCAUGGCAGCGACGACGAGUUCUGCCAACAGGUGAGGAAGGAGACCAAGUACACCGUCCUGGAUGUAGCCUAUCGCCUGGCGCCCGAGAACCCAUUUCCCGCGGCGAUCAACGAUGUCGAGGAUGUUGUCAAAUACGUUCUUGCUUGCUCCGACCAAUUUGACUCGUCUCGUCUAUCCAUCUCGGGGUUCAGCGCCGGUGGAAACCUCGCUCUUGCCGCAUCAGCGACCUUGUUCCCACCCGAGACGUUCCGAUCCCUGAUCGCCAUCUACCCUGUACUAGAUCUCAAUGCAGAUCCAGCCACCAAGGUUGCACCAGAUCCGAAAGGCCGGGUAAUCCCUGCUCCUGUAGGGCGGUUCUUCCAUCGGUGCUACGUGCCCACCUUCGACAAGCGGGACCCACGUAUCUCCCCGAAGUUCGCGCAGCUGGAUCGGUUCCCGCGCCGCGUCCUCAUGAUCACCUGUGCGGGUGAUUCGCUGGCACUCGAGGCAGAGGAGCUGGCCGAGAAGCUGCAGCAGGAGGGCGCCUACGUGGUUAGCGAGCGCAUGAAUGGUUGCAACCACGCGUGGGACAAGCGCACGCGGGCGGGAACCCCGCAACGCCAGGCCAAAGAGCGGGCUUACAAUCUGGCCGUUGAAAUGCUGAACGAAUAG